GAUCAGUGCGGUUCAAAGCGUAGCAACGUUCGGUUCGGUCUUGGCUUCAAUCACUGAAUCACUGUCUCUGUUUCCAAUUCGAUUUCGGUAUUAAAAGUAACGCUAGUUUUAAAGAAGCGGCAGCUUAAAGCGCAGUUUCCGUUAAGCUUUGUGCGUGUGUCUACGCGUGUGUGUGACUCUUUGUGUGUGUGUUUCGAAGCAAACAAAAUACUCUCAUAAUGUCCACUUGGUAUAGAAACUAUGCGCCCGUCUGGAUACAGCGCUGGUUGCAGCCAGCGCCUCCGCCACGCCCCUUCAAUCCCUUCCGGAGCACACGCCCGGGGCCCGAUCUUGCAAAUGCUGGCAGCUCAGCCGUGCUAGGAGUGCAGCGCGUGGAUUUGUGCCUGCAGGAUAAUCACGACGAGCACCACACGAGUCACUUUGCUGCCGCAUCCGCCAAGGAGGCGUUGAUAGUGCGCCGGGGCGAACCCUUCCGACUGCGCAUCCACUUUAAUCGCGACUACAGUCCCAGCAAGGAUGCCAUUAGCUUCAUCUUUAGUGUGGCUGAUGACGUCAAGCCCAGUCCGGGACAUGGCACAUUGAUGGCGCUGGUGCCGCACGAUGGCAUCGAUUAUCUGGGCGAUGCACUUGAAUGGGGCGCCGGCAUUGAGGCACACGAGGGUCAAACAUUGACGGUGCUCGUCAAGCCGCCGGUCAGCUGCCCCGUGACCGAAUGGCGACUGGACAUCGACACCAAGUUGCUGGGCGAUGGCUCACGCAGCUAUCAGGUGCCCCUGCCCAUCUAUGUGCUGUUCAAUCCCUGGUGUCCCGAUGAUCAGGUCUAUUUGGCCAAUCGGGAGCAGCGCAAGGAGUAUGUGAUGCACGACACUACGCUCAUCUGGCGUGGCUCGUAUAAUCGGCUGCGACCCUCUGUGUGGAAGAUCGGCCAAUUCGAGCGGGAUGUGCUUGAGUGCAGUCUGAAGCUGCUCGGCACCGUGGGACGCAUUCCACCCGCCUAUCGCGGGGAUCCGGUGCGCGUAGCUCGUGCGCUUUCAGCACUCGUCAAUUCCGUGGACGAUGAUGGCGUGUUGUUGGGCAAUUGGAGCGAAGACUUUUCGGGCGGCACUGCGCCCACCAAGUGGACGGGUUCGGCGGAAAUCUUGCAGGAAUUCCACAGGACCCAGCGAUCGGUUAAGUUUGCACAAUGCUGGAAUUUCAGUGGCGUUCUCGCGACCAUUUCCCGUGCUCUGGGUAUUCCGGCUCGCAUCAUCACUUGCUACUCUUCCGCCCAUGAUACUCAGGCCUCGCUCACCGUUGAUGUCUUCAUCGAUGCGAACAACAAGAAGUUGGACGCCGAGACAACCGACUCCAUUUGGAACUAUCAUGUGUGGAACGAGUUGUGGAUGCAACGUCCAGACUUGGGCAUCGGCCAGUAUGGUCCCUAUGAUGGCUGGCAGGCUGUGGAUGCCACGCCUCAAGAGGCCUCGGAUAACAUGUAUCGCGUGGGUCCCGCUGCCGUAUUGGCUGUCAAGCAUGGCGAGAUUUUGCGUCCAUUCGACUGCGGUUUUGUCUACUCUGAGGUGAAUGCCGACAAACUCUAUUGGCGCUACAAUGGUCCCAGCCAGCCGUUGAAAUUGCUGCGCAAGGACACGCUGGCCAUUGGUCAUCUGAUCAGCACGAAGGCGGUGCUAAAGUGGGAACGCGAGGACAUCACCGACACCUACAAGUAUGCCGAACGCACCGAGGAGGAACGCAACUUUAUGCUCAAGGCAUUGAAGCAAUCACGUCACGCUUUUAGUCGCUACUAUCUCAACGAUAGCUUCAAUGAGGUAGAGUUUAGCAUGGAGCUGAAGGAUGACAUCAAGAUUGGCGAGAACUUUUCGGUUGUGCUCAAGGUGACCAACAAGAGUGAGGAGCGCGUUCAUCUGGCCACAGGUCAGCUCAACUGUGAUGCUGUGCUCUACACGGGUGUUGGUGCCCAGGAGGUCAAGGUCAUGGGCUUUGAGGUGGAUCUGAAGCCACAGACUACGGAAUAUGUGCGCAUGGAAGUGACUUUCGAUGAGUACUUUGAAAAGCUCUCCUCUCAGGCGUCUUUCCAAAUAUCCGCCGCAUGCAAAGUCCGGGAUACCGACUAUGAUUAUUAUGCCCAGGAUGAUUUCCGAGUGCGCAAACCCGAUAUUAAGUUCCAGUUUGGUAAUGGAGAUGUUCCCGUGGUGGCACAGCAGGAGGUUGAUGUGAUUGUCCGUCUGGAGAAUCCGCUGCCCAUUCCCCUGCACAAGGGACUUUUCACCAUCGAGGGACCGGGCAUAGCGCAGCCCCUGAAGUUCAAGAUUUCCGAGAUUCCCGUGGGAGGCACCGCUGCUGCUACUUUUAAAUACUUGCCGCCUUAUGCCGGACGCGGUACGCUGCUGGGAAAGUUUGUGGCCAAGGAACUGGAUGAUGUGGAUGGCUACAGGCACUACGAGAUCGAGCCGCGACCCGAGGAUUUGCUGCAGCCCAAUGGCAACCUUAGGAGCAGCAACAUCAUUCGCCGGCGCACCGAUGUUAUACCUUAAAACCAAACUAACGCCUCCAAUUGCAAGUCUUUAUUUAGUUUAAGUUCGAGUUUUAAGUAAAUCGUAUAGAUAAUUGUCAAUUGUUGUUGUUGUAAUCCUUGGGCCAAAGGUCGUCCAUGCCGAGUGCAUAGCUCGGUUUAUUCGCCGUCUUGACCAGAUAAAUGCCACGCGCGUCCUGCGGCACUCGAUCGCCCAUCAGAAUCCUGCCGCCCGUGCAGUUUUUGCCCUUCAUCUGAUCUAAAGUGGUGCAAGGCACGCCAUAGAAGCCCUUGUCGCUGUUGAUGGACUCCGCAUAAUACUCAUAGGAGCGUCCAUGACUGCAACCAGCUGCAAGAGUUGUGUGAAUGUUAACGAAUUUUAUGCUGGGUCUUUAUUACUCACUGAAUAUCUGGGAUAUCUCGCUGCAACCCGGCUGAGGAGGUCCGCCCCCAUUGGGAUAGAAGUCAACCAUGCCAAUGGGCUUACGAAAGCCGAGAUAGCCCGCACAACUGUGUAUAACAUCCACAAAAUUGGCAUCCGUGUUGUCCAAAUGAUUCUCCGGUCCAAUGCAAUCCUCGAAAGCCGGACGCGCUGGAUCCAAACCCGUCACGCGACUCACCCGAUACUUGGUAUAGGAGCCGGCAUAGCCCAUAAUAUGUGCACCCAGGCUGUGGCCAAUUAGAUGAAUACGCUGCGGAUCUGCAUCCUUCUCCUCCACCAGCAAAUCGAUUAACUUGGCCACAGCCCGUCCCACUUGCACCGUAUAGCGAGCAGGGGUCAGAUAAUAGAUAUUAUCUGCCUGAUCCCGCCAGUUGAUGGCGAACACAUUGACUUGGCCACGCUGCAAAUAGGCGCCCCUUAUCGAUUGGAUCGAGUUGCUCAUGGUGCUCGAUUUCCAGCCGUGUACGAGAAUCUUGGUGUCUAGAUUGGGAUCGAAUUUCUCGGCCAUCUCCUGCCAGGUGUCACGUUUGUCGCGUUUAUCGCGCUGAAAAUUGUUC